UAGUGCUUUUUCAUCUAGAUUUUACAGAGCGUUAUUAAAACCAAAUGGAUCGAAAAUUCUAAGAUAAGGAAAACGUAGUGUGCAAUAGAGUGUUGUAACAAAAACGAAGACACAAAUGACUUCGAAAAGCAUGUACUGUUCACAGAAUAGAACUCCAGAAAGUAAUACUCUUCUCAGUGUUGUGGAGGUAGAAGAAAAGAUACAGCAGCUUAUUAAGGAAAAUUCCGAUUUGCGAAAUACAUUACAACAGAAUAAUACUUAUAUGCAACAACUUUCUUCAACACUUGUGGAAUGGCAAGACGAAGUUGUAAAAGUACAAAACGUAUAUCACAGUAAAGUUGAAAAAGCUAAGGAACUUAUAACUAAGCUGAAAGAGGAAAAUGCUAUAUUAAAGCAAAGAAUUGAUUUGACUGGGAAUAAUACUUGUUCAAGUUUAAAUGUUCCUGGAGUUGUAAGACCAAUCCAUACACAGGAAGGAUUGGAAUCCCUUGAUAGCUACGUUCUUAUUGCUUCUCCUCCACCAAGCGACCAAACUUUAAAAGCAAAACAGCAAGGUGAUGAAUUACCAAGCUAUGAUUCCCUUUUCCACGAGCGCGAAAACGCUAAACGAAAUACAGGUACGUUCACGAGCCAAAUGCAAAACGAAACAGAUUUCCUAAGAGAGCAGCUGGCAAAUGAAAUGGAAAGCAACAAGAACAAACAAAUUUUACUGAAUCAAACAACAGCUCAGCUAGAUCAGUUGAUGGUUGACUUUCAAGAACUGUCAAAGAAAUGGGGACAACGAAGCCAGGUUGUGGAAGGCCCUAGCGUUGCAGAGUUAGAGGAGUUGACAAAAGCAAACGUACAGUUAAAAAAAAAUUAUCUUGAAUUGGAGGAGCAAGUGACUUCUGCAAACACUCGGCUGGUCGUCGCAGAGGAAAUGGUGCUUAGCAAACAAGUUGACAUCACGGAAUUACAGUCUGAAAUAUCCCGAAUGGAGAAGUGUCUGGAAACCAUGCCUAUCUUGAAAGCACAGAUGGAACUCUUUCGAUCUGAUUUCGAGGCCGAACGUGAAGCACGUCAAACUUUAGCUGGAGAGAAGGAUACUUUGGAACAAGAAAUCCGUCUAUUGAAACGACAACUAGAAGGUACGGUAGAAAAUUCUUUCGUGUCAGUAUCAGGGGAUCCGUCGGACGACGUGGUAAUGACAAGUUUUGAGUGCCCGAAAUGCAACUUAGCAUUUCAGUCAAACGACGCACUCAACAAUCAUUUAGAUGUAUGUUUAACGCAACACAUGUUUCCAUAAAUUAUUUACCUACUAAAGAUUGAUUUAAAACGUUAUUGUAAAAACGUUAAACAUACAUUUAAACCGUUUCAUUUAGAAAAUGAUAUAGAGAAUUUAUUCAAGAAACAAAAAAACUUGGGCUCGCAAAACACAGAAGUAUUCAGGCUGUUGAAUCGUUAACAUUUGUUUGACUUUUAAAUUGAUUGAUUAGGUCAUUGUAGCAAAUCGCGUGCCUUUGUAAUCCCAGAUAGUUUAUUACUUGUUCAACAAAACUGUUUGGGAAACUACAACAAAACCAAUGCAGUUGAAAUAUCA